AUGAAAACACGUGUGUGUCGUAUUGUUUUGAUCGGAAACACGCGAUUUUUGAAAUCAUGUGUAUAUGUAUCAAUUAUGAACUAGUUUAAAGUUUUUAAUUAAAUUAUAAUACAUUUUUUAAACUCGUGUAAAUAGCUUAGGAUGGGCCUGUGUUCAUAUGUCUGUAGCAGCACGUUUGGUGAUUUAUACAUUUGGAUCACACGAUUAUUCGGACUGUUCACUGCUGUUGCUCUCCUGGGCAUUGCAGUGGAAACACUUGUUUAUGGGCAUUACCUAGGUUACGUAAUACUUGUUGAGGGCAUCAUAGUAACAUUCUUGGAAGUGGUAUUUGGAAUAACAUACAUUGUUAAUCUGUGUUGUAGUGUGGACACGUGCUUCAAGCAGUGUUGGGACUGUGUGUUAUGGCUCGAUGACUGGAAGAAAGCAGUUUUAUUCUUUAUCUUCUCUAUACCAUGCUUUAUACAACCGUCUCAAGUCUGGUUAGCUGUAAUAGCUGGUAUAAUGCUUGUCAUUAGUGCUAUAUUAAAUAUUUUUAAAACUUUCAAAACCCGGGUUGAAAAGGAGAGAAAAACGCACACCCAGACGCCAUCAUACGACAAGUUUGAAGAAAUACAUGAAGAUGGUGACAUAGAUGACGAUGAUGAUGAAGAUGAUUUGGAAGGGGUUAUAACACAGACCGGUACCAUGACGAUUUUAGAAGAUGAUAUAGGUGAUCAAGUAGAGAUCCUGGAAGUCUGACCCCGCGCCCAUUUCCCUUGACCCCAACUCGAGACAUGGAACAUUCAAUUGUCAUUAAUUGCUUAUUGUGAUAUCUCAGUUACAGUUUUCCCAACCACACCUAAAUGUGUACUCUCCAGUGCUUUGUCAGAUGUCGUCCAUUGUCAUUGUUUUAUUCUGUCCACAAAAUGUGCUUGUUUAUUUGUCUAGUGCUUUGUGUUAACUUUUAAGAAAUUCUAGAUCUGUUUGUUAUUUAAGAAAAUCUAGAUCUGAUCAUUUUCAAUUCAAAAAUCCUAGAUCUGAUUGUUUCCAUAAUUAUUUGGAACCAUUAGUAUAAUCAUUUAUUAUAUGCCUAUCCAUAUGAAACCCUUUUACAUAUCUGAACGCAUGCCGAUGUCCUAGAAAAUCUGUAUCAUUCGCGCUAUUAUCAUUUUCUGAUCCAAUGUCAUGACAGAUAUGUUGGGUGCUGCCUUUUAUACACUGACAUUUAUUUAAAUUCUAUUAUCAAUUAUGAAUAACAACAUUUUUCAAGAAUGUAUAGUAGAAACUAUUUCAAAAUUAUUCCACUGCUGAUUUGUGUUUAUGUUCAUGAAAAUCCACUAACUCAUUAAAUCAAUUGAUUAAUGACAUCAUUUCUGGAUUGGAAUUUGCGGGAAAUGCGGUGUAACUGCAAGUGUAGUUUUUUGGUUAAAGCAUUGAACAGGUUGUAAAACGUGAAAUAAAUCAAAGCAGGCAUGUUAUGAAAGGAUAAUUAAGAUGGAAAGCUUCUGAAUACCUGUAUUGUGUCUGAUAUUUGGUGUAUAGACAGACAUUCAUCUUGACCCCUAUGCAGUCUCGAUGGAUAUGUGUUUACACCAAGCUCGAUUUGAUACAGGGCAUCACAAAGUCCAUCAUAAUAUCCUCUAUAAUAUUUCGUUCUACAUUUACAUGUUCUGAGAUAUGGCAGCAUAAUUGUAAUUUCCUUGCACUAACUUAAUUUAUUAUGGCUAUUUGUUUUGUAUGAAAGGAUUCAGAAACUGUCUCCUAGUCAGGAAUGUUAGUAUCACACAGGGAUGAUAACAGAGCUAAGUUGCCAAUCCUGAAAAUUUCUGGGUGGGGUUCAGGGGGCCGCUGAAGGCCCCCGAUGGGUCCAGGGCAAAGCCCUGGUGGGGGGACAAGGGGGGCGAAGCCCCCCGAAGCUUUCCGUAUUUCAGGGAUUCUAAUACCCUUUUUUGCCUUAGAACAGUGUUCAAGGAGUACACCUUUCGGUUUGGUAGAUAUAAUUAUGUUCAACACGAGACAUCCACAAUCAGAACAAUAAUCAGGAAUCUUAGGAGUGAAGUUUAACACCUUUGUCUUUAAACAAAGUUAAAUUUACUUUUUUUUUACCUAGGCAUUAGACAUGUACCUGACAUUUUGGUUCAGUUGUCCACUUCCCAUAAAACUCAACUGGCUAUGAUCAAAUGCCUGUGUAUGAACAGUCUACACUAUGGGAUGUUUGAUUUAUAAUAAUGAACAACAUAUCGAUUACAUAUCGAUUAUCAUGCUUGCAAAUGUUAAUUGUAAAAUUGUUAAUUAUUCAAUUUUUAGGUAUCGUAUUAAGAGUAUGUAUUCCAUUUUCUGCACAUUUGAUGAGAAUAUAAUGUUAUUAAUUAUUAUA